UUUGUCAAUUCCUCAUUACAUUGUUGAAUCAUCAUCCUACUAGCGACCUACAUCUUAUACAAUGCCUUUCACCGACGAUGGAGUGUAUUCUAUCAGAAACGUUGGCAGAGGCCUCAUGCUUGAUCUCACGGGCAACAACACCGCUGAAGGCACCCAGAUUCAAGGCUACCCAUCAAAUCACACCGUGGCCCAACAGUGGGUGAUCAAGAGGCAGAACGAGCCAGGGUCCCCCAACAAGACUGUCACCAUUCAGUCUAGCAACAGCGGCAACAAUGGAAAUGGAUGCUUUGCUACUGCGAGCGAGGAUUCGGAUGUACCAGUCGUUUAUACCAAGCAGGCGUUCAUCAUCGAGCUUGUUGGACGCAAAGACAAUGCUUAUACAAUGCACUACACUCUCGGGAGCUCUGACCUGGUGCUAUCCAUUCCGAGUUCGAGCCACAGUGAAGUGAAAAUCGAGAAUUACGACGCAGGAACUUCCCGCCAGCAGUGGGAACUAACUCGUCUUUCUAAUCUCGCGCCAAUCGUUUAGUUGUCGCCACUAGGUACCACCGUGACCUUGCAGUGUUCAAAGUCAGCACUGAGCUAUUGGAAAUGUUCUCGCAUAUGUGUACCAGUACUACUACGUCUCGUGUUAGCUUCCGUCGUUCAUGUGUAUGUUGAUGAAUAUGAUUGCUUCAAUCGUC